AAGGCUUCCCCUCUCUCCGGCUGUCAAGAAGGGAAGGUAGAUGAGUGUCGAGCUAUCCGAUCGAAAGGUUUCAGCCUGAGGACCAUUUCAGCCUAAGGGGGGCCGGAGUUGUGCGCGUCGCCUGGGCGAGGCUGCUGAGGCGAGACAAUAUGUCUCUGCUUUACAUGGGCUUCCCCCGCGGGACUGUCGGCACAGCCAACAUCUCAGUGAACCUGAGGUGGCUGACGAGAUUGGGCAGACUGGAGUGUGAAAGGAAUCGGCACAACCAAUCUAGAGCAUCAAGCUCAUUGCCUGAGGAACAGAAGGGACUUUUGCAAAACGGACCUGAUCUGCAAGACUUUGUGUCUGGUGAACUUUCAGACAAAACAAAGUGGGCAGACUAUAAAGGCAAUUUAAAACGCCAAAAAGGAGAUAGGCUGCGACUUCCUCCAUGGCUGAAAACAGAGAUUCCAAUUGGAAAAAAUUAUAACAAAUUGAAGAAUACGUUGCGAAAUUUAAGUCUCCACACGGUGUGUGAGGAAGCACGUUGCCCAAACAUUGGAGAGUGCUGGGGAGGGGGCGAGUAUGCUACUGCUACAGCUACUAUCAUGCUAAUGGGGGACACAUGUACAAGAGGCUGUCUCUUUUGUUCAGUAAAGACAGCAAAAAGUCCCCCUCCAUUAGAUCCCGAAGAGCCAUAUAACACAGCCAAAGCAAUUGCUGAAUGGGGGCUGGAUUAUGUUGUGUUGACCUCUGUGGACAGAGAUGAUAUUCCAGAUGGUGGAGCAAUGCACUUUGCAAAGACAGUAUCACACUUAAAAGAAAGGAAUCCAACAAUUCUUGUGGAAUGUCUAACUCCUGAUUUCAGAGGAGACCUUAAAGCCGUGGAGACAGUUGCUCUGUCAGGGCUAGAUGUGUAUGCCCACAAUGUGGAAACAGUUCCAGAAUUGCAGAGAAAAGUUCGGGAUCCUCGGGCUAACUUUGACCAGUCUCUCAGUGUUUUGAAGCAUGCUAAGAAGUUUCAGCCUGAUGUAAUUUCUAAAACAUCCAUCAUGCUUGGUCUGGGUGAAACAGAUGAACAAAUAUACAGCACACUGAAAUCAUUACGUGAGGCAGAUGUAGACUGUUUGACCUUGGGACAGUAUAUGCAACCAACAAAGCGCCAUUUAAAGGUUGAAGAAUAUAUUACUCCUGAGAAGUUUAAAUAUUGGGAAAAAGUAGGAAAUGAUCUUGGAUUUCAUUACACCGCUAGUGGGCCUCUUGUACGUUCUUCAUACAAAGCAGGUGAAUUUUUCUUGAAGAAUUUAGUGGAAAAGAGGAAGAAAAAAGACAUCUGAAAUGUCAAAUGCCCAUAGGAAGACCUGUAUAUCUUUAAUGGAUUCCAGAUGGGAGCAUCACAAAUAAAGAAGAGUAUUCAACAGGCUUUUGUUGUUGUUUUUCAACAUUUAUACUUAGCUUUAGAGUAUUCAUGUUGUUUCUGAAGUCUUACAUGUUCUAAUAUAGUUUAAAAUGUUAAUAUGUAAAUAGAUUGCAAUGCAAUCUUGUACUUAAAUACUUAGAAGUAGGCUCCAUUGAAUUCAAUAAGGCUUACUCCUAGGUAAGUUGGUAUAGAAUUGCAACCUUAGAAAACCUUUGCUUUGUAAUAUAUCGAGGAAGAAGAGAGGAAUGCACAUUUGGAAAAUUAAAGAGAUUUAGAUGCAUAUUUUAAAUAUCUUGUGGAUAGUACUAGUAAUAAACACCAACUGUAUACAUUGUGCAGCAUUUCUUUCCACAUGCACCCAUAUUUACACAUUACUCAAUAUCCUUUUGUCACUUCAUUUUUUAAAAACAAUCCUACAAGACAGUGAGCAAACAUCAUAAAGCAGUCAAAAAUGUCAAUAUUGUUGA